CUUACUUGUAUUAGAAUUGUAUUAUAGUAAAUUUUACCAAUUAAUGUAAUAAAUGACUUUUAUAGAGAUUAGAGUAUUAAUUUUUAUUAGACAUGUUACUGAAGUAUGGAAAACUUUACUACAUCUUUGGAAAAAACAAAUUUAAAAGCAAAACAACAAUUUCAAACUCUUCAAAUGUGUGAAGAACAAUUUACUAAAAGAUGUGAAAAAUAUGAAUCUAUAAUUCAAGAUAAUCAGAAACAUAAAUUAAAAGUAAUGCAAGAAAAUGAAAAUCUUAAAAUCAGCAUAGAAGAAUUAAAAACUGCUUUAGCAAUAGCUGUUAAUGAUGGAAAGGGUUUACAGUUUAAAACAAAAAUUGAUGAAAUGUCUUUAGAAAUAAAUGAACUAAAAAAAGGAAAUGAAGAAAAACAAAAAGAACUGGAAAAAUUAAACUUAUUAAAUUUAGAAUUGGAACAAAAACAUACUGUAUUUCAAACGAACAUUGAAAAAUUAGAAAAAAUGGUACAACAUUUGGAAACUGAGAAGAAGGCAUUAAUAGUAAUGAAUGCUGAAUUAGAGAAGAAAGUAUCAAAAAUUGAGAGAGAG